AUAAUGAGAAUCUGAACAUUCUCAAUGAUGGCAUUGAGAAUCAAAGACUUGCUGCUAAACUACCAGAUUGGUUAAGUAACAGGUGGAACCGAAAGGCUACAGAGUACCAGCUGGAGCACAAAAGAUUCCCACGUUUCAGUUACUUUGUAACAUUCCUGUCAAUGGAGGCAAGUAUCGCAUGUAAUCCCAUUACAUCAUACCAAGCCAUAAGACAAAGUGACUUUGACCAACCAAAGACAAAACCUCAACCUUCAUCCAUUCCUAAGAGACAAGAUACAGUGAAAAUCUUCACAACUAACUCUACUGAAAGAAGCAUGGUCUCUUGUGUGUUUUGUAAAAGAGCAGGACACAGCUUACACAAGUGUCGUAAGUUCACUGAGAAACCUGUCGCUGAGAGAGUCAAAUUCAUUCAGGGUGAAAAAUUAUGUUUUGGCUGUUUAAAUAGUGGCCAUCUCUCCAAGAACUGCAGCAACAAGAUGACAUGCAACACAUGCUCAAAACGGCAUCCUACAUGCCUGCAUGAAGAAAGACAAAGGCAAGAGACAAAGAAAGAACCACCUAAAGAGCAACAAGUAAGUGAACUGAAGGAAACCCAGCAUCAGGUAACACAGUCACAAGACACAGUUAAUGAAACCACAUCUAAUAGAGUGACUCAUGAAAGUAAAAACACACAGACAUCUGCAAUAGUCCCAGUCUACGUAUCCACACAAAAUGAGCCAAGUAAAGAAGUACUGAUCUACGCUCUGCUGGACACACAGAGUGAUUCUUCAUUUAUUCUUAAUGAAGUAGCAAAUAACUUGGACACAACCAAAACUCAAGUUAAGCUCAAUCUAUCUACAAUGUCAUCCAAGAAAACCACUGUACCCUGUACAAAACUUGAAGCUCUGCAAAUAAGAGGACUGUUUUCCAAGAAGAAACUCACUGUACCAGUUGUUUACACACGGGACUUUAUACCCGCUAAUCGUAGUCAUAUUCCUACUCCAGACACUGCAAGGGCAUGGCCACAUUUGGAGCAUCUCACUGAACAUAUUGCCCCCCCUUUGGACUGUGAAAUAGGACUCCUGUUAGGGUACAACUGCACACAAGCCUUAAUGCCCAGAGAGGUCGUAUGUGGUGAAGAAAACCAGCCGUACGCUCAGAGAACAGAUUUGGGUUGGAGCAUCAUCAGCUACUGUGAUUCAUGUGACACGGGUAAUGAUAUAAUUGGAGUAAGUCACCGCAUCAUUGUAAAACAAGUUAUACCAGAGACUGAGCCACCCACAAAACUAAAGAAUAAGGUUCAUUACAUCUGCAAGACAAAAGUAAAGGAAGUAACAUUUCCAGAUGUAAUCAAAGCACUUGAAUCAGACUUUACAGAGAGAGCAGUGGAAGAGACAAGCAUUUCGCAAGAAGAUGUCCGCUUUAUUACAAAGCUACAAGAAGGAAUAAAGCAAAAGCUAGAUGGACACUAUGAAAUGCCACUGCCUUUCAAAAGCGACAGGCCAGAUCUUCCCAAUAACAUGCCAAGUGCAAUGCAACGUUUAAGUAGUCUCGAACGCAGAUUCAAAAGGGACCAAAGGUACUACACAGACUAUGCAAAUUUUAUGGCGAACAUGAUAGCAUGUGGUGAUGCAGAGAAAGUGCCGGAGAAAGAACUCUGUAAUACCCCUGUUUGGUAUAUCCCCCACCAUGGGGUAUACCACCCUCAGAAGCCUGGCAAGAUACGUGUAGUCUUUGACUGCUCUGCACAAUAUCAAGACACUUCGCUGAACAUGCACCUGCUUACAGGGCCUGACCUCACAAACACUUUGGUGGGAGUGCUCUGUAGGUUCAGGAAGGGCUCCGUUGCUGUAAUGUGCGAUGUGGAACGCAUGUUUCACCAGUUCCAUGUAACACCUCAAGACCAGGACUACUUAUGCUUCCUAUGGUGGGAGCAUGGUGACCUAAGCGUUCCACCCUCAGUCUUUCGAAUGAAGGUUCAUCUCUUUGGCGCUGCUUCUUCUCCUGGCUGUGCCAACUUUGGGUUAAAACAUCUAGCCACGCAAGGUGAGGGAAGGUUCACUCCAAACACUGUAAGGUUCAUUCAAAGGAACUUUUAUGUAGAUGAUGGACUUGUUAGUGUUAUCUCAGAAGCAGAAGCCAUAAAACUAGUCAAAGAGGCAAGAGAACUGUGUAGCACAGGUAAACUAAGAUUACACAAGUUCGUAUCAAACAGUGAAAAUGUGAUAAAGUCAUUGCCGAGAGAAGAGUGUGCCGAAAGUAUUAAGGAUUUAGAUCUGGCACUUGGAGAGCCAUUAAUGGAAAGGGCACUUGGUGUCCAGUGGUGCGUUUCUGCUGAUGAGUUUCAGUUCAGAAUAACUGUAAAAGACCACCCAAUGACAAGAAGAGGAAUCCUGCGCACAAUAGCAUCAGUGUAUGACCCACUGGGAUUUGUGGCACCGUUCAUCCUAAGAGGAAAGCAAAUCCUGCAACAGCUAUGUCAAGAGAAGGUUGGAUGGGACGAGCCACUCUCAGAUGAGCUCCGCACACAGUGGGAAUCCUGGCUCCUAGAUCUUCAAAACCUGUCAAAGAUGACACGAGUAAGGAGGAAAAAAAAAGUAACAUCAGAGCAGAUAAAAUUGGGGCGUGGGGACGUGACAGAUAAAAGGAACCAGAGUACAGUUGAGCAGAACUUGCGCUGUCUUCCUGAUCAGAGAAGUUGCCAUUUUAGGAGUUUUUAAAAGACUGAUCUGAAUGUAAGCCAACAAAUCAUUUCAACUCUGUGGCUAAUGGCAAGGAGCCUAACAGCGUAAGAGGAGUUUUUUUUUUUAAAAGACCAGUUUGAAUCCAAACCAAUAUAUCUCAACGUCUAAAAGCACGUGACUGAGAACAGAUCGGGGGCUGAAAGAAACAUCUUAACAACACAAGAACCUGACUGCGCAGAAGCCACUAUAUUUGUUCCUGAAAGAAGAAAAAUUUAGGUCUUUGUAGUGAAUUUAAUAAUUGACGUACAACAAAACAGAAAAUGUUUAAAGGGCCCAAAACGCUUUCAGAUGCUAUUAAAAAAAUUUGUGAACAAUCAGAAACCAAGACAGGGUCUCUCCCUAUUUACAUAAUUCCACUGAAAAAAAAUGAUUUCAAUGUAGAUGGAUGUAGACGUUUCACUUUUGGGAAAGAGUCCAGUAAACCUAAUCGCACCAUAAUGGUUCUUGGAGCGACAGGUGCAGGGAAGACAACGCUCAUCAACGGGAUGAUCAAUUACAUUUUAGGUGUUAAAUGGGAGGAUCCAUAUCGCUUUAAGUUAGUUGAUGAGGGUCAGUCAACAUCACAAGCUCACAGUCAGACCUCUGAAGUCACUGUGUACAAAGUCAACCACCAGGAGGGAUUUCAAAUUGAGUUCUCUCUGACCAUUGUGGACACUCCAGGCUUUGGAGAUACAAGAGGCAUAGAAAGAGACAGAGAGAUCGUAGAGCAGCUACGUAACCUCUUCUCUGCUCAGGGUGGUGUCAGUGAAAUUGAUGCUGUGUGUUUUGUAGCUCAGGCUGCUUUAGCACGACUCACACCAACACAAAAAUAUGUGUUUGAUUCAGUGCUCUCAAUCUUUGGCAAAGAUGUAGCAGAAAACAUCAGGGUUCUGGUGACAUUUGCAGACGGUCAGCGACCUCCAGUUCUAGAGGCAAUCAAUGCUUCAGGAGUCCCAUGUCCUAAAUCAGAAGACGGACUGCCGGUUCACUUCAAAUUCAAUAACUCAGCGCUGUUUGCAAAUAACAAAUCAGUUGAGGCAGAAAGCAUGAAUGAUGAUGAUGGUGAAGAAGGAGGUUUUGAUAAGAUGUUUUGGGAGAUGGGCACAAAAAGCAUGAGGAAGUUUUUUGCUGCUCUGAAUAAAAUAGAAACCAAAAGCUUGACAAUGACAAAAGAGGUCCUCAGAGAAAGAAAGCAGCUCGAGAAUUCAGUUGAGAAUCUGCAGGUACAGGUGAAACUUGGGUUAGCCAAGCUUGAGGAGAUAAAAGAGACGAGUGAAAAACUUAGAGAACAUGAAGCAGAGAUCAGCAGAAAUGAGAACUUUGAAUUUGAAGUUACUGUCAAAAAGCCUGUUCAGGAGGACAUUUCUGGCACUGGAAACUACAUCACCAACUGUCAGCAGUGUCAUGUCACCUGCCAUUAUCCUUGUGGCAUACCAAAUGAUGCAGAUAAAAGUGGCUGUUCAGCAAUUGGGCCAAAUGGAUAUUGUACAGAGUGCCCAGGAAAAUGUGUUUGGAAUAUACACUUUAAUCAGAAGUACAAAUGGGGCUAUAAAGAUGUUAAAGAAAAAAGAACAAUAAAAGAUCUGGAAGAAAAGUAUCGGGAAGCCAAAGGAGAGAAGAUGACUGUUCAGAAAGUGAUUGAUAAACUGAAGGCUGAGUAUAAAAGUUUGCAGGCUGAGGUGGUGAAACUGAUGGAGAGAUCUUCCAAGUGUCUGAACAGACUUAAAGAGAUAGCACUGAAGGCAAACCCUCUGUCCACUCCAGAGUACAUCGACAUGCUUAUUGAAGGAGAGAAAUCUGAGGCCAAACCAGGCUGGAAGCAACGAGUUCAGUCUCUGAUGUCCAUGAAGGAAAAAGCAGAGACAAUGGCUAAAAUAGAGGAAGGCAAAAAUCUCCUGCGUCAUCAAGAAUCACUUGAUGUUAAUGCUUAGCCAAAUCCAUGAAACAGCACAUAGUCACAGGCAGUCAGAUAAUGAUAGAGGGUAAAAUCACAGCCAGCUGCAGCAACCUUUGAAUGAUUUUAAAGUUUCACCACUUUUUGUAUUUAUGAUCCUGAAACUUUAGAAAGAAUAUGUAUUUGACCUACUACAAGCAACUUCAAAGUUAAAUAAAACACAAUAAAACUCAUUGUUUUUUU